UUCACUUCACACAGGUCCCUCUCUGCCUGAGGGAACCGCUCACCGGACGCACGACUCCAUACAUCCCGGCGUCUUUGUAUUUACCUACGUGAAAGCCUUGCGUGUUUCAAGUGCACUCCAGGCGAGCAGGCAUGUCGGGCUCAACCUCCCCGCCUCCCCCGGCGGAGGCUGUGGGAACCGAGGGCUGUUUGUUCCCCGGAUACAAGCCUUUCAAACCCGAGGAGCACGGCCUGGAGCGCGGGUUCCGUCUCACAGCCUUCUCGGACCUAAAGGGAUGAGGCUGCAAGGUCCCGCAGGAGGCUCUGCUCAAACUCCUGGCGGGACUGGAGCAGGACCGGGCCGACGGGACAGGCAAGGCCGGAGACCAAGUGUCAGACUUCGGCCAGCAGCUGCCCGGCCCUCGGCUCGGUAUAGGAAUGGACUGCUGUGUGAUUCCUCUGAGACAUGGAGGACUCUCACUGGCCCAGACCACAGAUUUCUUCUACCCUCUGGUGGAGGAUCCAUAUAUGAUGGGAAGGAUAGCAUGUGCUAACGUCCUCAGUGAUCUUUACGCCAUGGGCAUCACAGAGUGUGACAACAUGCUGAUGCUGCUGAGUGUCAGCCAGAAGAUGAACGACAAGGACCGUGAGCGUGUGAUGCCGCUGAUCAUUCGAGGCUUUCGUGACGCGGCGGAGGAGGGCGGGACCUCAGUGACGGGCGGCCAGACGGUGGUCAACCCCUGGAUCAUCGUAGGAGGAGUAGCGUCAGUCGUCUGCCAACCUAACGAGUUUAUCAUGCCAGACGGUGCGGUCCCAGGCGACGUCUUGGUUCUAACGAAACCUCUGGGAACGCAGGUGGCUGUCAACGCUCACCAGUGGCUGGAUCAGCCUGAGAGGUGGAACAAGAUCAAACUCGUUGUCACCAAAGAGGAAGUUAAAGAGGCCUAUCAGGAAGCCAUGUUCUCCAUGGCAACGCUCAAUCGCACAGCGGCAGGCCUAAUGCACAAGUUCCAGGCCCACGCAGCCACAGACGUGACGGGUUUCGGGUUGCUGGGGCACGCCAACAACCUGGCAGCACAGCAACGCAACGAGGUGGCCUUCGUCAUCCACAACCUACCAAUCAUAGCCAAGAUGACCGCCAUCAGUAAAGCCUGUGGGAACGCAUUCAACCUGGUUCAGGGCUCAUCGGCUGAGACAUCUGGCGGGCUCCUGGUCUGUCUUCCCAGAGAGCAGGCGGCCAAGUUUUGCUCCGAGAUGAAGAGCCAGAGCUCGGGGUCGGGGGGCCAGGGGGCAGCGGGCGGGGCGUGGAUCAUCGGCAUCGUCGAGAAAGGCGACCGCCGCGCCCGCAUCAUCGACAAACCCCGCAUCAUCGAGGUCCCGCCGCGAGGAAGCCAAGCGGCAAACCAGGACAACAGCUCCAGCAGCCCCGCUCCAGGACCCACUCUGUCAUAGACACUGGCGCCCCUUUGACACUGUGUGUUUGUGUGAGAGUGCGUGUGUGUGAGAGUGUGUUGCUGUCCACUUCAUCCCCCUUUUCAGUCAAAAGGCUGACAGCACACAGACCAAAAUCACUGUCAUCUUUUCUUUCCAGUGGGGGAGGGAGUGGACAGCAUGCAGUUAUUUAUCUAAAGCAAAAGGCCUUCACCACUUUGGAAUGAAAUGUAAAUUAAUUCAGGAUAAUCAGCACAUCCCCCCACACCCAUCUUUUUUUUUUUUUUUCUUUCUUUCUUUUUUUUUUAGAUCUGCAAAACUUACCUUUUUUUUUCUUUCUUUUUUUUCUCUGUCCUAAUCCAUGAGAUGAGUUUGUAUAUUUUAUCUUAAUGCAGAAAUGACUUUCACAUGUAAAGAAAAAAACAUUCCAAAUCAUUCUGGCCAACUUCAGCAAAUAAUGAAGAGAGUGUGAGUGUGUGAGAGUGUGUGUGUGAGUGUGUGUGUGUGAUGAUUUGACUGGGGGGGGUGAGACAGAAUCUGAGUGAAUGUGGAUGACGUUCAUGUUUUUGAUGUUGAUGAAUGUACAAUAUGGAAAUGAAAUGGUUCAUCAGUCCCGGCUCCUGACUCCCGCCCACGCUGUCCAGAGGAAGGCUUGAGCAGCUUUCUCCGGACUCCAGUCGGGCUCGAGUCCAGAAUGUCCGUCUCUUUUUUUUUUUGCAGCUGAAUGGACCCCGUCCAGCAACCAGUCCCUCACGUUUAUUUCCCUUUUUAUGAAGCUCUGCCUUUUAAACCCCAGACGACGGGGGAGGGCAGAGCGGAUGUUUGCUUUCGGAGCGGGGUGGGACUUUGUUUGCUGGAGGUCCACAGCUGUCUGUGUUUGUAGAUUUUCUGCUUUUCACAAUCAAUAAAAACCAUCAUCAACUCA